AGACAAGACGGGGAAGCUGCGCCGCGCCGCUGGGCUGGGGGUCUCCCACGGUUCCUCUCUGCUGGCGCUGCCUGGAGCUCUCUGUCCGUCCCACGUCCAAACGGUCAGUAGCAGUCCGCCGCGAGAUGGCGCCAGCAGCCGCCGUGGUCGUGUGGCUACUCCUCCACGUGUUGUCCACGGGCGUCGAAGCCCGCACCGGCGUCUGCACCCGCAAAGAAUCGCGAGAAGUGCCCUACACGUACACCGGCUACUCAGGACGCACCUACGUGUACUACGAGAAGUGCUGGUGGGUGUUCGGGUCGUGCACAAAGUACGGCUACCGCACGUAUUCCUACACGCGCUACGCGAACUACUUGGUGUACUCGGAGAAGAGCUUCUGCUGUUCCGGCUACGAGGGGAACCCCGACCUGUGGGGCUGCGACCCGGUCUGUCCAGGAGGCUGUGGGCCCAGGGAGGAGUGCAGCCAACCAUACAGUUGCACGUGCAAGGCUGGCUACGCGCGAACCAACGGGACGUGCCUGUCGCCCUGCGAAGCCCGCGGCUGCGAACACGGCUCCUGUACCGACCUGAACACCUGCACGUGCGACGCGGGAUACGAGAAGCCAGGUGAGGCAGAAGCUGAGAACAAACCUGUUGUGUGUCGGCCGGUCUGCAGCUCGGGAUGUGUGAACGCAGACUGCGUAGCGCCGGACACCUGUAGCUGCCUGCCCGGAUACAGUGACUACGGGCCACUACCAUCGCACAGGGGGUCACCACUAGAGGCCAGUUACCAGCUCUCACCGAAAGCGCCGUACAAGAACACUUGCUGGCCAACGUGUCACCACGGUUGCCAGAAUGGCUACUGUGUCCUGCCGGAGACCUGCACCUGUCUGGACGGUUACAAAAUGGAUCAGGGAGACGGUACCCAUUCCAGGUGCCUCCCAGUCUGCUCCACUCCGUGCACCAACGCCAACUGCACAGCCCCAGACACCUGCACCUGUUUCGUUGGCUACAAGAGGGACCCCGAAGACCUGUCUGGGGCUGUCUGCGUUCCCGUCUGCCCGGACCCCUGUGUGAAUGCCGAGUGCACUGCCCCCGCGACGUGUACUUGUUUGGACGGCUACCAGAAGGAUCCCGAGGGCGCGACCAACUACAUCUGCACUCCCAUUUGCUCCAAUCCGUGCACUAACGCCAACUGCACAGCCCCAGACACCUGCACCUGUUUCGCUGGCUACGAGAGGGAUCUCGAAGACCUGUCUGGGGCUACCUGUGUCCCCGUCUGCCCGGACCCCUGUGUGAAUGCCGAAUGCACGGCCCCGGCGACGUGCACUUGUUUAGACGGCUACCAGAAGGAUCCCGAGGAUGCGACCAUCUGCACUCCCAUUUGCUCCAAUCCGUGCACUAACGCCAACUGCACAGCCCCAGACACCUGCAGCUGCCUCGCUGGCUACGAGAGGGACCCCGAAGACCUGUCUGGGGCUACCUGCAUUCCCAUCUGCCCGGACCCCUGCGUGAAUGCCGAGUGCACUGCCCCCGCGACGUGUACUUGUUUGGACGGCUACCAGAAGGAUCCCGAGGACGCGACCAACUCCACCUGCACUCCCAUUUGCUCCACUCCGUGCACCAAUGCCAACUGUACAGCCCCAGACAUCUGCACCUGUUUCACUGGCUACGAGAGGGAGGCUGAAGACCUGUCUGGGGCUACCUGUGUCCCCAUCUGCCCGGACCCCUGUGUGAAUGCCGAGUGCACGGCUCCGGCGACUUGCACUUGUUUGGACGGCUACCAGAAAGAUCCCGAGGACGCGACCAACUCCACCUGCACACCCACUUGCUCCACUCCGUGCACUAACGCCAACUGUACAAACCCUGAUAUCUGCACUUGCUUCGAUGGCUACGAGGUGGACCUCGAGGACUUGUCCGGUUCCACCUGCCUCCCCAUUUGCUCCAAUCCGUGCACCAACGCCAACUGUACAGAGCCCGAGAUUUGUACCUGCUUCGAGGGCUACGAGCUGGAUCUGGAAGAUGCGACUGCGUCCACGUGCCUGCCCGUUUGCUCGUUUCCCUGCGUGAACGCAAACUGCACGGAACCGGAAGCGUGCACCUGCUGGGACGGCUAUGAAGCCGAUCCGGACGACUCUUUCAACUCUACAUGCGUACCCUUGUGCCCCGACGGCUGCACCAACGCCAACUGCUCUGCGCCGUGGACGUGCACGUGUCUGGAAGGGUACGAGAUGGACCCUGGUGACGAGACAAAUUCCACGUGUCUUCCUGUCUGCUCCAACGGCUGCGUUAACGGCAACUGCACCCAGCCGGGGGUUUGCACGUGCUUCGAUGGCUUCAGAAUGCUUCCAGGCGAUGAGACCAAGUCCGUUUGCUACAACAUCGCGCACAUGUCAUGGAUGAUAGGAGGAGGGGCGGGUGCAGCGGCGCUGCUGGUCCUGAUGUCGACUACGUCCAUCGCGGUCUGCUGUUUCCUGCGGAGAAGACGCAGCUACGUCCCCAAAGGGGACGGUGUUUUUGUGAAUCCGUCCUUCGGUAUUUUCGACCCGGCAUCAGAGGUCGACGACCUACUGGACGAGAUGAGGAAGGCAGAAAUCGAGGAACAGACCAGACACCGGAUGCUGAGCCAAUCACCCGACGGGCGGCUUGAGUUUUUGUAGAAAUCGCCGGUUUUGUAAUUAAAUGUCAAUAAAAUGAAAUAUAAAUGUU